AUGAGUGACUCAUCCUCUGGCAUCAGCUGCCCUGACAUGGAGCACUGUAUUUCGCAAUCCAAAUCGAACCAGAGCCUCUCUGUAGUCCCUUUCCCCUCAGAGGAGAGGCCUGACUGUGAGGCUGUCGUAGCCUGUGAAGAACUGACCUCUGAGGGUCCUUCCUCCCUCCCUCCUGUCCAAGGGGCAUGGGGAACCAAUGAUGUAAGGGGACCCAUGGGCAGAAGAAAUGAAAUUCAGGAGAAGCCAGAGGAGCUUGGCGAAGAAAACAUGGAUGAGCCCAUAAAUGGCGAGGUGUGCAGCCUCUUCGACUACUCAAAAAUGAAAUGGGCUGAAUGGGAGGAAGAUGAUGACGAGAGUAUGUACGAUUCGGAUGAGGAGACAAGAUGCCGGGGCGUCUGGGAACUUCUUUUUUUAGUGAAAAUUGUUUCGGGAGGUAUAGGCAAGUUCAAGAAGGUCAAAGGUGACGACUCUCUGUUCAGUGAUCCUCCUCAAAAGGAGGAAGAUGUCCAGCCAUCGAGCAGUGUCUCUUCCCAUAUGGAUCAGGUCAGUCCUGAAGAACUCGAGGCUUGUCAGGACUUGCCCAAGUGUCAACGAGCAGAAAAUGGAGACACCAAGCAGUGUUCUGGCCUUGAGAAGGAUGAAAUUGUUGAGAUGGAAAGCCAGGAGCCUGGCACAGCAAAGAGCUCCCUAGGGUCAUCAGAGCAGUCAGAGGAGGGGGACCUGCCUUCAGACAAGGAAGGCACUUCCUGUAUGAAUUUCCGGCGCUUCUUUCACUGGCUCAGGAAGAGAGUGGUGUCCUCCCUGCCAGGGAGAAAGCGCCGUGAGAAGGCCAAGAAGGUCUCAUCCUGCUGGCGCUAA